CCUCUUCCUGUAAAGAGACCCGCAGCCUAUAAAAGCCUCUCUGGUGAGGGAGCUGCUUUGCAGAGGGGAACGGAGAGAACAGGACGUUUGUCAUUUUCUGGCUGGCCUGAAAGAAAAUCAAUGUUUAUUCAGUAACCAUGGCUAGAAACCUGUUAAAGAAUCCCAGUGGGGAGGAGCAGCUGGAUUUCUGGGACCUGACAGAAAAUGGCGGGAACCUGUGGAGAGUGGAGGACAUGCCGGGAGACUGUGGUCACGACUUCUGCAAUGAGGAAGUCACAAAAUAUUUUGCAACUUCUUUUGAGCUUUGCUUAAAGAGGCAGGUGAUUGACCUGUUAGAGGAGGGUUACAGCCCAGAUCAGCUGGAUGCUCAGCCUGCUGUCACAGUGGAAGACUGGUUUUGUGGCAGAACCGACUGUGGCUGCACCUAUCAGAUGACCUCCUGUCUGCUGGAUGAGAAUCAGGAAGUCCUGCAGGAGUAUAAACAUGGGCCGGAGACUCUGUGCCCCGAGGCGGACUGCUCAUGGAAACAGGUCAGUCAUACAUUUUCUGACUACGGCCCUGGAAUGCGUUUCAUCUCAUUUGAACACGGAGGACACGACACCAACUUCUGGAAUGGGUGGUUUGGAGUUCGGGUCACUGGGAGCUCUGUGACUCUGGAUGUCUGAACCAGAGGAACAACAAGAGGAGGAGAAUGGAAACAACUAUAGCCAAGAAUCAGAAAAUAAAACAAGGAGGACCAUUUUAAACCUUAGGAUUCUAAAUAGCUGCUUUGAAAAUGCUACAAUGGCUAUACUAUUGACUACACCUUAACUUUACUAACAUUUACAUCAACCCACAGCUUGCAGCACUGAUCUUUAAUCAGCCUCUAACUACUUUUUGCAAUAUUCAAUUCAAAGGUUGAUCACAGUGAUGGAAUAAAUUGGGCCAUUGAUUGUAAUAUGGAA